UGCGGCGCGGAGCGGCGGGGCAGUGCCGGGGGCUCUCCGCCGCCCGCCCGCGCCCUGUGAGGGGACAGCGCGUCCCCGCGCUCCGUCCUGCCCUCCCCCCCCCCCCUCCUCUCCGGAGCGGAGAUGCGCGAGGCCGGCGCGAAGGGAUUCGCCUCGUAGACGGCAGCCAGCAUGGUGCACCUGCAGCCGCUGCCGCUCGUCGUGCUCCAGGGCGUCCUCCGGAUCGUAUUUUGUGAUGGCAAUCAAGUCGUGCAAGCUACAGAUGUGCUGGACUGGGAAGACAAGGAUGCUGCAGAGACAUUGGUGGACAACGUGGUCCACUCCAGGAUCAUCAACCCACUACGCCUGUUUGUUAAGCCAUCCCCAGUACUGAAACACGGCCAGGUGUCCUACUCGGACAGCAUAGAAAACUUUUGGGAUUGGUUGUCCAACAUCACGGAGGUUCAGGAAUCUCUCGCACGAACUAAACGCAGACCUAUAGUAAAAACUGGGAAAUUCAAGAAGAUGUUUGGAUGGGGCGACUUCCACUCUAACAUCAAAACUGUCAAACUGAAUCUCCUGAUCACAGGGAAAAUCGUUGAUCACGGCAACGGCACCUUCAGCGUUUAUUUCCGACACAACUCCACAGGUCUCGGAAACGUUUCUGUGAGCCUGGUGCCACCUUCCAAGGUGGUCGAAUUCGAAUCGUCUCCACAGUCAACUCUGGAGACCAAGGAAUCCAAGUCCUUCAACUGCCGCAUCGAGUACGAGAAAACAGAUCGCGCUAAAAAGACUGCCUUGUGCAACUUCGACCCCUCAAAGAUCUGCUACCAAGAGCAGACCCAAAGCCAUGUCUCCUGGUUGUGUUCUAAACCAUUCAAAGUCAUCUGCAUUUACAUCGCUUUUUACAGCGUAGAUUACAAACUGGUGCAAAAGGUCUGUCCCGAUUAUAAUUACCAUAGUGAGACUCCAUACUUGUCCUCUGGCUGACACAGUCGUGACUAACUUGUAGAGAUCCAGCGUCAGUCAUAGAAAUAAGCAUCUCCAUCAACCUUCUGGAGAGGAAUAUGUUUUUCCUAUCAGGUUCAAAAGUCUUUAAAAACUGUAGCUGUGUUUGUGCUGUAUCGUAACUAAUCAAACUGUUUACGUAACGAUCACUUUCAUUUGAGACCAUUGCAUUUCAGUAUUCUCAUCAUUCAUAAGGGAACUACCAUGCAGAUGUGAUUUAAAAAAAAAAAUCAAAGCAAAUUAUGCCUGUAAUGACCAUUGAUCUUCAAAAUCAGUUUUUUAAAGUACACUCCAAGGCAGAGAGGUUAUCUUUCACUUGAAUUGGACAACACUUAGCAGGAAAUGGUCCUCUUUCUCAUUGGGAACCUUAGGAGAUGACAAUAUAAAGAACAGGUUAUAAAGAUGACACUCAGCUACUUCCAUACAAAAUCCAAAUGAACAGCUCUCCCACUAACCUCAUAAAGAAUCAAGUCCAAAUGUGAAAAGAAAGCAUUAUUUUUAAGGGGGGGGGGGGAAGAAAGGAAAGUACAUUUCUAUGAGCUGUAGUAGUUGUACAUACUCAUUGA